GCUGCCACUGCUCCAUCUCAGUACGACUGACUUUCACGUGCGUAUAGGACACUUGGCAUCUCUCUCUCGCCUCGCUUGGAGGCAAGUGACUGUAUUUCCCCAUCCGCCUUCCAUCCAGGCCGCCUCUGCCAGAUGCUCGGCCCGCUCGCUGACGUCAUCCCCUAGUCCCGCCCCCUCUAGGGUCCCGGGCCCUAGCGGGGGGGGGCUACCCGGGGGGGGGGGGAGUCAGUUGAGGCGGCGGGAGCUCGGUGGAGGGCGGGCCAGGCGUCUGGUCCAGGCCAUGCCGAGGAAGAAGCCUUUCAGCGUGAAGCAGAAGAAGAAGCAGUUGCAGGACAAGCGGGAGCGGAAGCGAGAGCGACGGGAGGAGCAGACCGAUACCUCGGACGGAGAGUCUGUGACCCAUCACAUCCGCAGGCUCAACCAACAGCCCUCUCAGGGGCUGGGCUCUCGAGGUUAUGACCCAAAUCGAUACCGGCUGCAUUUUGAGCGAGACAGCAGGGAAGAAGUGGAAAGGAGAAAGAGAGCUGCCCGAGAGCAAGUGCUCCAACCUGUCAGUGCUGAGUUGCUGGAACUGGACAUCAAGGAGGUCUAUCAGCCUGGCUCUGUCCUAGACUUUCCCCGACGCCCUCCUUGGAGUUAUGAGAUGUCCAAGGAGCAGCUGAUGAGUCAGGAGGAACGAAGUUUCCAGGAGUAUCUUAGCAAGAUUCAUGGGGCUUAUACCUCUGAGAAACUCAGCUAUUUUGAGCACAAUCUAGAGACAUGGAGGCAGCUGUGGCGAGUGUUAGAAAUGUCUGACAUUGUUUUGCUCAUUACUGAUAUCCGACAUCCGGUUGUGAAUUUUCCACCAGCACUUUAUGAGUAUGUGACUGGAGAACUUGGGCUGGCUCUGGUGCUGGUCCUAAACAAAGUGGACUUGGCCCCGCCAGCUCUCGUGGUUGCCUGGAAGCACUAUUUCCACCAACACUACCCCCAGCUUCACAUUGUCCUUUUUACCUCUUUCCCUCGAGAUCCUCACUCCUCACAGGACCCUAGUAGCGUUUUGAAGAAGAGUCGGAAGCGAGGUAGAGGGUGGACUCGGGCCCUGGGACCAGAGCAGUUACUGAGAGCCUGUGAAGCUAUCAUUGCAGGGAAAGUAGACUUGAACAGCUGGCGGGAGAAGAUUGCUCGAGAUGUGGCUGGAGCUACCUGGGGUAAUGGCUCUGGGGAAGAGGAGGAGGAGGAUGAUGGGCCAGCAGUCCUGGUGGAACAGCAGACUGAUACAGCGAUGGAACCGGCUGGUCCAACCCGGGAGCAUUACAAGGAUGGAGUGGUGACCAUUGGCUGUGUAGGUUUCCCCAAUGUGGGAAAGUCCUCGCUGAUCAACGGGCUGGUAGGACGGAAGGUUGUGAGUGUCUCCAGAACUCCAGGCCACACCCGAUACUUUCAGACCUACUUCCUCGCCCCCACUGUGAAGCUCUGUGACUGCCCUGGCCUCAUUUUCCCCUCUCUCCUGCCCAGACAGCUUCAGGUUCUGGCUGGGAUCUACCCCAUCGCCCAAAUCCAGGAACCGUACACAGCUGUGGGCUAUCUGGCCUCCCGGAUCCCUGUGCAGGCCCUACUCCACUUGCGUCAUCCGGAGGCAGAGGACCCCUCUGUGGAACAUGCCUGGUCAGCCUGGGACAUCUGUGAAGCCUGGGCAGAGAAACGUGGUUACAAGACAGCCAAGGCAGCUCGGAAUGAUGUGUACAGAGCAGCCAGCAGCCUCCUGCGGCUGGCUGUGGAUGGCCGCCUCAGCCUGUGUUUUCAUCCCCCAGGCUACACUGAACAGAAAGGCACCUGGGAAUCCCAUCCUGAGACCACAGAGCUGGUGGUUUUGCAGGGCAGGGUGGGGCCGGCAGGUGAUGAGGAAGAAGAGGAAGAGGAAGAACUGAGCAGCUCCUGUGAGGAGGAGGGAGAGGAAGACCGGGAUGCAGAUGAGGAGGGGGAAGGGGAUGAGGACACCCCCACCUCAGUUCCAGGGUCCAGCCUGGCUGCCCGAAACCCUUAUGCCCUCUUGGGUGAGGACGAAUGCUGAGCUCCACCCCUGCACCAUCCUCCUCACCUUUGCUUUUGGACUGGCCUGGGAGUAUCUCCCCUCUACCGCCCCAAUUGUGAAUAAUAAAGAUUGUCUGCUUUGU